AUGUCGUCGUUGCCCAAACAAUACAACCCGGUACUGUCGUCGUCACCAUCUAAACAACCAUCCUCGCUCGCGACCACGAGCAACAAUCCUACAACGCCACAGCCUAUCGAGCGCCACGACCAUGAACCCCCAUCAACAACCAUUAUCACGCGGCAACCUGAAUACAAUGCCGAUGACGAUGAAGCUGCUGGAGACGAGCACGAGCACGAGGAGGAUGACAACCCACCCGCCUUCAGGCCCUUCUUCACUCUAAUCGAAGAUGUGCAUUCAUCCGACUACCACCAUCCAACGGUCCAUUACAUAUUCUCAGACGAUGACCCAGACCUAAUCACGGAAGCCUCGCUACGGGCACUCGAAUUAAGCCACGACUCGCCAGCGCAGAACGUGCUUGGGGGAAGCAGUGGCGAGGGCUCUGAGACUGCGCAGCAACGACAAUCGCCAACUCUCGAAAAACCCUCCUACCUCCCCCCGCCGCUGCCAGGCGUGCAGGAACGCUUCAUCGUGUUGGAUGUGGAACGCACGAGCAGUUUGUCUGGUGGUGGGACGGUAGAGCAAGUCGCGACGUCGGCCGGCACAGGCACUACAGCAGCCUCGACACCACCGACCCAAAAACAACCACAACCACCGCACCAGCAGGCUAGCAGCCACGGAUACCGGGUUGCAUCAGCGCAUAGUCUGACGCCGGACUGGCAGGUCCUCGAUUCUUCUCUGAGCCUGGCGCCGACAUUCGAUACGCCGCAGAACACAAACGAUCCGGACACCGCGGCGCCAAGUAGUGCCUUGAUGCUAAGGAUACAGGGUACGGCGGGGUUCUCGACGGGUCGAGAGAAUGAUAAGGAGGGAAAAACGCAGACGUUGGAGGAGAUGAUGGAGCAAUUCGAUAAGCGCAUGUUUGAGUUGAGACGUGUUAUUGAGGCGAGUGGGGAUUGUCCGCUGGCUAGUCGAACGCAAGAAGAUGCUGGAGGUGAUGAACCUGGCAAGGAAGAGGAAGGUGGCCCUGCUGGGGUGGAGGAAUCAGCAGGGCCACUGGGUUCAGAUUCUUGA